AUCAAAUGGUGCUAUUUCUCUCAAAUGAUCAUAAAGGCUAAACUAUUUUUUUUCAUAUAUAAUAAAAAAGAGCCCUUUUUCAUUUAUCUUUUUGGCUCUUCUGUCAUUUUACAGUAGCUAUUAAUCAGCACUUAAAAUUUAAUACCUAAUUAUUAAUUCCUAAUUCCUAUUACUUCUAUAUUUCCCUAUACUCCUAUACCUCUAGUACUUUAUGAUGAAAACUGAUAAAAAUGAUCAUACAUAUUUUGAUUCAAUACCUUUAUCUGGAAACUUGAAUAAGAAAAAGGCUUUCGAUAACAAUAGUAAUAAUCAUAAGUAUAAAAGAUACAGUAUUUCUUUGAAAACUCAACUUAAACUAGCUGUACUAUUUGCUUUAUUUGUUAUAUGUGCUUCUCUUGUGCUUUUAAAAGAUUCUUAUGAACCGAAUACAAUUAAUUUAAAUUACAAUGAUUCUAAAAACUCAAUAAACCAAAAUGCUCUUUCAUUCAUAAACUCAACUUCAAUAUCAAAUAGCAAUACCAAUCAUAUUAAUAAUAAAAGCAUCAACAACAACAAUAAUAAUAAUAAUAAUAAUAAUAACAAUGAGACUAAUUCAAACUUAUCAAAAGAUGACUAUUCAAAUAUUUUGAAAGUCUUCGAAGAAUCAAGAUAUGAUUUAUUUAAACCUUCAAAAGUGAACGCCACUUUAGUAACUCUUGCCAGAAAUUCUGAUUUAUGGACUUUAGUAGAUACAAUACGAUCCGUUGAAGAUCGUUUCAAUAGUAAAUUUCACUAUGAUUGGAUUUUUCUUAAUAAUGAAGGCUUCACUCAAGAGUUUAUUGAUACAACUUCAUCGUUAAUUUCAGGUACUGUUAAAUAUGGCACAAUCCCCAAGGAACAAUGGUCCUACCCACCAAAUAUCGAUUUAAAAAAAGCUGAAAGGUCAAGACAAUUAUUGGCUAAUCAAGCCAUAAUCUACGGUAAUUCAGAAUCAUAUAGACAUAUGUGUAGAUACCAAUCAGGUUUUCUUUGGAAACAUCAUUUGUUAAACAGUUAUGACUACUAUUGGAGGAUUGACUCUGAUGUGAUGUAUCAUUGCGAUAUCAAUUAUGAUGUAUUCAAAUUUAUGAAAGAUAACAAUAAGACCUAUGGUUUCACUAUAUCAUUAUUUGAAACUCCUGGUACUGUUCCAACUUUAUGGAGAACAGUUAAAAGAUUUCUUAAAAAACAUAAAAAUGAAAAUUUACUUCAUCCAAAUAAUUUCAUGGAUUUUGUUUCAAACAGUAAGGGAAAUGGCUACAACUACUGUCAUUUUUGGUCCAAUUUUGAGAUUGCAGAUUUGAAUUUCUUUAGAAGUGAAACAUACCAAAAGUUUUUCAAUUACUUAGAUGAAGAAGGUGGUUUCUUUUACGAACGAUGGGGUGACGCUCCAAUUCAUUCAAUCGCCAUAAGUCUAUUUGAAGAUAAGGAUAAAAUCCAUUACUUUGAUGAUAUUGGCUACACUCAUGAUGACUUCUCAAACUGUCCAUUUGAUAGUGAUUUCAGAAGAAAAAAUCAUUGCUCUUGCAAUCCCAAAAAGGAUUUCACCUGGAAAGGUGCUAGUUGCACUGACAGAUAUUUUGAUGUUAAAGGAUUAACAAGACCGGAAGGUUGGGAAGCUUAUACUUGAGUACACCAAUAACAUAUAUAUAUAUAUUUGUUUUUUUUCUGGUUUUUUUUUCUUCUUUUUAUGCUCUGCUUUUUUGUGUUUUCUUCUUCUCUAUAUUCUUUUUCCUGACUCUUGUUUGUUUC